GUUAAAUUGGAAAUUCCUCGAUCCACAGGAGAAUAUCUGUGUAUAUAUAGAUUUAACUUAUUCUGUUUCACACGACAACCGAAGAAAUCAGAUUGAAAAUUGGGAUUCUUUCAAUUUCUAGGGUUGAAGGAAAGUUGGGAUCUUUGGUUCUGCAUAGCAUCUUCUUCAAUUCACCAAUGGAGGUCACAAAAGAACAAGGUGGUGGAAUACUGCAUCGUAUCCUCCCACCACGACUUGAGGACGCUGGUCUUGAGGACUGUGCCCUUCCACCUGACUCCAUCAAGGAGGCUUUCCUAAAGGCGGCCAGCGCCGUGAAAAGUCGCGCCUCUCGGAUCUUCACCCCCGGAGAAGACUCCGACUCCGACGGAGAUUGCGUUAAGGAUCACUGGACCGCAGAUAAAGACCAUUCCGAUGUGAUAAUCGGAGUCCCGGGGACCAUGUUUCCGGGACCUUGCACCGCCGAUAAGGGUAUCGAAGCUGGAGAUUUCGGCGGGGACGAUGUGGUCACUGGGAAUAUUGAUGAAAUUGUAGAGGUGGAGAGUGCAAGGAAGGCUUGCGUGGAAGGAUUGCAGGGUCUGGAGAUUGCUGAAAGGAAUGAUGGCACUGAGGAUGGGGAAGAUGAAGAUAGACCCAUUCUGGUUGGAGGUUAUGUUUGAAACCCUAUUAGCCUUCUUUUUUUUUUUUUUCAGGGAAUUUAAUUUUUGUUGCUUAGCUUUAAAACGCUGUGGUUUUGAAGGUUUUUGAUGAGGCAAUACGGUACAUAGUUAGUGUCGUGUAAUUAGGAUUAUCAAUAAAACUGAUCACUUAGUGAAAAAGAUUGGAUCAUUGUUUGGGGCUUUUUUUAUUUAUUCAUUCUUUUAUAUUUUGUAAUUGGAAACUUCUCAAUGGAAAUGAGGAAAUCGAACAUAAUGCAUUUUUUCA